UCGUCGAAUUUAUCCCAAUCUUGGAUGUAGAACAUUGUAUCGAAAGAUUUAUCCGGGAUAUUUACCAUUAAGUAAUUUCUAUGAAUCAUUAAUCUUUCUCUCAUGGAUCUUAUCCAUUAUUCAUAUGGUUCCAUAUUAAAAAAAAAACAAAAUUAUUUAAGCCCAAUAACAGCGCCAAGUACUUAUUUUACACAAGGAUUUGCUACUUCGGGUCUUUUAACUAAUAUGCACCAAUUCGGCAUCUUAGUCCCUGCCCUUCAAUCCAAGUGGUUGAUGAUGAAACCAAUACCUUACAAAAAAUACAAUAAAUCAACCUCAUAUAGAUGAUGACUUUAUUGACCUUACCACCUUUUUGUCUUGUCUUUCCUUACGAUCUUACUUUUACUAUUGAAAUCAAAUUUAUGAUACAGUAAGAGAAGAAAACUUCAAGGAGUUGAUCUAAUGGUAAUACGAGAACAAGAAUAUCCACCACAUUCUAAAUUCGGAUCUUGAGCCAACAAUUGUAAGACAACAAUUGCAUAUGCAGAUCAUCAAGAACAUACCUAGGAAUUAUGGUUGGGACUUGGGAUCAUAAUAGUAGGGGUAAUUAGCAUGAAUGGUAACAAACCUUUGUACUUAGUACAAAACGGCCACAAACCUUUAAUUUGUAACAAUACGGUAACAAAACUUUGAAAUUUUAUAAAAUGGUCACCGCUAUUUAAUUUGUGACCGUUUUGUUUUAAGUGCAAAGGUUUGUUACCGAAUCGUUACAAAAAUUAAAUGUUUGUCAUGUUUUGAGGUCGGGUAGUUUGUUCGUUAAGUAUAUGACACUAACCACUUGAACGACAUAUAAGAUGUCAGGUCAUGUGUUCAUCGACAUAUUUGCUUUGCCGAAUAAGAAUGCCCUCAGUUGACCUUUGAAUUUCGAUACCAAGAAAGUAAGAAAGUAGACAGUUUUUUCAACUAAAAAGUAGUCUGGAACCCGUUUGUGAGCCAUUGAAUUCUUUCAUUGUCAUCCUUUAUGACGAUCAUAUCAUUCACAUACAUUAACAAAACUACCAUACAACUAGAGCGAAUUGUAACGGUGAUUGAUCGUUCAAACUUUUGAACUUAAUUUGUACAAAACGGUCACCAAAAGUCUAAUUUGAAACGACAUGGUAACAAAAGUUUGAACUGGUAUGAAAUGAUCACACUGUUUAAUUUGUGACCGUUUUGUUAUAGGUAAAAAGUUUUGUUAUCAAAUAGUUACAAAUUAAAGGUUUGUGACUGUUUUGUACUAAGUGCAAAGGUUUGUGACCAUUUAUGCUAAUUACCAUAAUAGUAGAUUAAGUUUGCAGAAACAUUAUAGUAGUGACUGAAAAUUGUCAUUUAGCCGAGAAACAAAAGCUGCAUAAAGUCAACGAAGAUGGCGCUCGGUGCCAUCACUUCCAAAUCAAAAAUACAAAACCAUCCCAAUCCAUCUGCUAGCCCAAAAACAACCCAGAAAAUGGACAGAAACCAAGUACUCCCUCUGCUCUUCUCCUUCCUCCUCAUCACCAUCACCUUCAUCUUUCUACUCCUCAAACCAUGGAAGAAAGGAAACCCUUCAAAGGCAAGGCAGCAGCAGCAGCCACUUCUUCCCCCGGGACCAAGAAAGCUUCCCGUCAUCGGAAACCUGCACCAACUAUCCAGCUCCAAGUUGCUCCCACACCGCCGGCUGCAGGAACUGGCCGAAGCACACGGCCCUCUGAUGCACCUCCAGCUCGGCCAACUCCAAACCAUCAUCGUUUCCUCGGCGGAGGUGGCUAAACAGGUCAUGAAGACCCACGACGUCACCUUUUCCAACCGACCGUUCCUCCUCGCAGCUGAUAUCAUCUCCCACAACCGCAACCUCGUGUUCGCGCCCUACGGCGAGUACUGGCGACAGCUCAGGAAGGUUAGUGUGCUGGAGCUGCUUAGCGCCAAGAGAGUUGCCUCUUUUCGCCCCAUCAGGGAACAAGAAGUGGCCCGGUUGGUGACUGACAUUUGCUGCAGACAAGGUUCGGCGAUCAAUGUUAGCAGGAUGAUUAUCUCCCUGACGUAUAGGAUCAUAUCAAGGGCUGCAUUUGGGAAAGUGUACGAGGCUGGGUCGUCGUUCGUACCGGUGGUCAUGGAGAUCGUUGAGGUUGGGAGUGGGUUUGGUGUUGCUGAUGCGUUCCCAUCUUUCAGAUUCCUUCAGAUGGUCACUGGGGUUAGAUCCAGAAUGCAUAAAUUGGAGCGAGAAUCUGACCGGAUACUCAGUUGCAUAAUCGAUGAACAUAUAGCAGCAGCAGCAAAAGCAGGGGAAGGUGAAAAGGAGGAAGGAGUAGAUGAUCUUGUGGAUGUUAUGUUGAAGCUUCAACAAAAUGAAGACCUUGGUUUCACAUUAACAACUGAGAGUGUCAAAUCAGUACUCCUGGACAUGUUCAUUGCAGGAAGCGAGACUUCAUCCACAGCACUGGAAUGGACGAUGUCAGAACUGAUUAGAGACGAACGAGUGAUGAAGAAGGCACAAGAAGAGGUUAGGGCAGUGUUUGGGAAAAGAGGGAAGGUUGAAGAAACAGAGAUUCAUGAAUUGAAUUACCUGAAGAUGGUUAUCAAAGAAAGCCUUAGGCUACACCCUCCGCUGCCUCUCCUAGUCCCAAGAGAGUCCCUGGAGCAAUGCGAGAUGGAAGGGUAUCGAAUCCCAGAGAAGACGAAGGUGAUAGUGAAUGCAUGGGCUAUUGGGAGGGAUCCAAAGUACUGGAGUGAACCUGAAAGAUUUUACCCAGAGAGGUUCAUGGACAGCAACAGUGUUGACUACAAGGGGCGUGAUUUUGAGUUCAUCCCGUUUGGUGCUGGAAGAAGGAUCUGUCCUGGAAUAUUAUUCGGCGUAUCUAGCGUUGAGACUGCACUUGCUAAUUUGUUGUUCCACUUUGAUUGGAGGCUUCCUGAAGGGAUGAAACCUGAAAGUCUGGACAUGAGUGAACAACUUGGAGCCACGGCAAGAAGGAAAAAUGAUCUGCACUUGAUUCCAAUGGUUUGGCAGGCAUGAUCCCUUUUCUGCAGCAGAUAAUCAGAAAUGAUUAAACAUGAUUAUGGUUGCAAGAUCGUUCAUCUAGGAAAUAAGAAUCAGCUCAAGCAGCAAUAUAAGCUGAUGGUGAAU